AUGCACAAGCAUAUACAAGAAGUUCCUAAGGAAGAAGAAGCUAGUCUUGCUUACUUCCUGGAAGUCCGAAGCUUCCUUUCACGCUUGAAACAGAACAGAACCCAAUAUCUGAACUCUAAGGAUGUUCUGAGUUCGUACCAGAGGGUCCUUACCAAGGUGUGCGAACUGGAUGCAAUCCGAAAGAAUGCGCACCAAAUUUCUCCUGACAACGCGACAACCCUGAUUCACAACGCUGAACUUCACAAUCGGGUCGAUUCUGUCCUGGAUGAUGUGUUUCAGUUGCUUUCACUGAGUUUUCUGACAGUGGGUCUCAAAAACUCGGCGCCUGCGACCUAUGCGUCUCUCAGCACAGUACAACGGCUGCUGGAACAUUUGGACGAAUCCAAUGUUUUUACACAUCACGACCUGCGUCCCAUCAAAGAGAGACUAGACGAAAUAUCCAAAAUUGUUGCGCAUAGCUCGCCACCUACCGAAUGCAGAGAUUCAGACCUGUCCAUUGAUAAUGACAAUAUCACAGACGAAAAAAAUCGGAACAAGAUAGAGGAAGAUUUGCUGCUACGCGCAAAGCUAAAUCAUUGCUUACAAGAAUACGACCACAUUGAAUCCAAACUUGAGGAGAUUGACUCCGGUCUGCAGGAAACCAUGGAAAAGUUAUUUCAGUUGAGACGCGGACUCCUGUCACUGGCUGCGUACUCCAAGAGAAAGAUGCACGCCAACAGUAGUCAGACGAAAAGCACCGAUGCCCCAAUGUCGCAAGUAUCCAUAAACGAAAAGCUGCAUGCUUUGAAGUCGGAGUUGGUCGAAAUUGAAUCUCAUAGAGACCCAUCUGGAAAAUUUAUUUCGGCAGCAACCGGGCAAGUCGCGACAAAGGGUCAAAAUGUGCUAAAUGGUCUGCUCGACGACUGUCAUGAUCUCAUAAAUGAUCUUUCGCAUCAUGAUGUAGUAACGUUGGACUCGAAAUUGCAACCCAUAUAUGAAAAUCUAAUCGAGAUAAAAACCACGUUGGAAAACCUGUUAGUGACACGGCGCUGGACCCUUAGAGAAACCGAUUUAUUUGGGUACCAAAAGCGACUCUCGGAGAUCGAUAAACUGAGGGUGAAUGGCAAGUUCCCUACAUCUUCGACAGAGACAAAGGGUCAAUCAAUCCUUUUAUACUUGCUGCGUCGAUGCUACGCCAUUAUAUACAAACUGCUGGAAUGCUCAGAACCGGUUUCAGAAGCUUUACAAAAAAUUCACAACCAACUUUCUACAGUGCGUCGCUGUUUAUUAGAGCUGAAGAGGAUGGGUGGUGUUGAGAACGACAGAGAACUCUAUCCAUACCAGAUGAAGCUUGCAUCCUUAGACAACAUGCGUGUUGAUGGGAUAUUUUAUGACUCAGAAGGUAAUAUUCCGGAAGGGCAAGGCACAUUGAAUGCGUUAUUGGCCGAAUGCUUUGACAUCCUUCAUGAACUAAAAAUCGAGGCAGAAGAACGCCAAGGCUCGGAUGCAGAAGGAAGUGAACACACAUGCCUAAGUGAUACCAAUACCGAUGCAUUCAACGAGUCGAGUGAAGUAGCAACGCCGCGAUCAGCGGACUCUACCAACACUUAUGAGAGGCUACAACCCCGGGCAAAAUUUUUAGAUGUUUCCAAGCAAUACGCUCGUGGUGAUGACAACGAUGAUGACGACGAUGACGAAGAUGACGAAGAAGAGGAGGAGUACUCUGCCAACUACAGCGAGCAUAGCUAUGAGGACGAUGAAGAUGAUUACGCAACCACAAGUCAUGCUGAAGACUAA